UAAUAUACACGAGAGGGAGCAGAAGAUAUUUCAGGAUUUUGGGAAUCACACGGAAUUACUACAAGGGAGCGUUCGCCCUUCAUGAAUCCCUCCCUCGCUUCUAUUCCAUUCCCUCUUCAACUAAAGCAUUCGAUUUCCCUCCUGCCUGCAGAUCGUGACCGUAUUGGAUGAAGGAUGCGCCGCUGUGCUCCAAGAGCGACUCCCCGCUGCAGUGCAUGUGUUAACGUUUGACUGAUCUGUCUAUGUAUGGGAUUUUUCACUCUCUGUGGAGAGACAAGGAGCUGAUAGCGUCCUGAGAGGGAAAACGUUAAAAGUUGGAGGAAUUAACUGAUUUAUGGACAGAAAAAAGGUCACUUGUAACUACUCUUUCUUGUCCCGUGGAUGAUUUUUUUCCCCAAUCCGGCGCUAAAGGCGCGAAAUGAUUCCUGUCACGUAGCGAAACAACCAGCUGUCCUGGAGCCCGCUGGAGUGAAUAGGUGCUCCGUGCACGUGAGAGAUAGCGCAGCGCGCGGACACCUGCAGUACAUGUAGCGGGAAUUCCCCUCGUAAACCGUCCGGAGAAGGUUUGGUCUACAUGAAGCAUCACCUUGACACAAUGACAGAGGAGGACACAGAGCAACAGAGGCAGCAUUCAUCUGAUAAAGAGGAUUUAUUUUCAUCACUGAUGCCCAAAAGUUCAUAAGGUACAUCGGAACUGGUUGGGUACAUUGCCUGUGUAUCAGACAAGAUGGACUCGCUUCAUUCCUUUCCAUACAUAAAGAAGCUGUCCCUCAAACUGAACACGGCCUGCCUGCCUCUGCCGCCUAACUUCAGAGGUGCAGACCUGUCAAUCACCGUUAUCACCGUCCAGUCAAAGCCAGGAGAAAAGGAGAGGGCAGGGCAUGGACUGGCUUGGCCGUUGCUAUGCAUGAGCGAGUGCCAUGGUGUCCAUGGAGACCAAGGGCUAUACUGACCUCCUGGAGACCAGCGAUGGGCAGGGGUCGGGACUUUUGGAGAGAGGGGAUGUGUCGGGGACUGAGGAGGGCUGGAGCGUCCCCUUACCCCUGGGCUUCCAGGUGUCCCUCACCACCGUGCUGAUGCUGGAGCUGGUGCUCGGCUUCAGCAGCAACCUGACCGUGCUGGUGCUCUACUGCGCCCAGUCCAACCUGGUUGACUCAGUCAGCAACAUGGUUACGGUCAGCUUGCACGUGCUGGACAUCCUGGUGUGUGUGCUGUGUCUGCCGCUGACCGUGGCGAUCAUCCUGCUCCCAGUGGACGGUAGUGGCGGGGGCAUCCUGGCUACGCUGUGCUGCUUCCAUGAGGCCUGCGUCACCUUCACCAGUGUGGCCACGGCCAUCAAUGUGCUGGUCAUCAGCCUGGACCGUUACGACAUCACCGUCCGUCCAGCCACGCGGCUACUGACCCCGCGACGUGCUGCACUCCUCCUGGCUGCCGUUUGGGCCAUAUCACUGGCCGUCUUCUUCCUGCCCUUCCUGGAGGGGGACUUCUUCUCAAUGGGGUCUGACGCGGAAGACAACGAGAUUGGAGGAGGGUUGGAGAUGGAGAUGGGGGAUCUGAUCCCUGAGUCUGAUUCUGAAGCCCCUACUGGACUUACCCCCACUGGGCAAAACCACACUGGGCUGACCCCCACUCCCUCCACCCCCUCUACUCCAUACUACUCCCACCCCCUGCCGCCAUUGAGGCAGAACCGGACACUGCUAUGUGUGGGUGGGCAGGGCUACCACACGGGCCUGGCCAUGUACUACCACCUCCUCCUGCAGGUACCCUGCUUCUUCAUCGCCGUGGUCGUCAUGUUGUUCACAUACUCCCGCAUCCUGCAGGCCCUCAACAUCCGCAUCGGCACCCACAUAAAGAGGGGCCCACGGGCCUCCAAUAAGGACUCAGGCUGCAGGAUCCGCAGGCGGAGACAAAGGAGGAAGGGACUGAGUCUGGCCACAGAGGGGAGAGGUUCCUCCAGCCAGAACCAACGCCUCACCCACCCACCCCUCAUCCCAUCCCCCAGCUCCCUCCCGCCCCUCUCCUCCAUGCCCCUGGUUACCUCUGACAGUGGGGCCACGGGGGUCACCAACACCACCGCCAACACCCCCAGCGCCACCACCCCAGCGACCCCUAACCCCACUGACGACAUCUCCCCCCCACCGGCGGCGGCAGACCGCCCAGGCGUCCAGGCUUCUGUGUCGGCCAUCAUCGCCCUGAGGAGGGCAGUGAGGCGCCACCGGGACCGGCGGGAGCGCCAGCGGAGAGUCUUCAAGAUGUCCCUGAUCAUCAUCUCCUCUUUCCUGGGCUGCUGGGCUCCUCUGUCCAUGGUGAACGUGUUGAUACUGUGCCUGGGCCCCAGCGAUGGCCUGGUACGUGUGAGGCUCUGCUUCCUGGCCAUGGCAUACGGCACCACCAUCUUCCACCCGCUGCUCUAUGCCUUCACCAGGCAAAAGCUGCGUAAAGCGCUGAAGACCCAUGUCAAGAAGAGGGUGGUGUCCCUGCUGCAGGUCGACCCGGCGCCCAACGGGGGAGCUGUUAUUCACAAUUCCUGGGUGCAGGGGGGUGGACAGAGGAAGGGACGCAAGCCCCGACUGGAGGGCAGUGACGCCACCAGUAACUGCCUAACAGUGGCUGUGAGAGAAUGAGAGGCAGUGCAGCUGUGUGUGUGCGUGCGUAUACAAGCGAGCUUGCAUGUGUAUAUGGGUGUACAGUGUGUGAUAGUUGACAAAGGUCACACUACAUCAUCAGCACCUCCCUCCAUCCAGAUGUGUGAUGAUGGCAGGUGGGCCCAGAGCUCUAAUUAACAUCAGACCUGCUCUGUGAUCUAUGUACACAGCUCUUCAUUAGUCCCCCAGUUAACGACAAGAUGGCCACUCCUUCUCCAUGGCAAUGCCAAGCUACAAAGCAAUAUGUGACAUCACCUGCGUUGCCGCAACCUUAGUUACUGUAGAUAUACAUCCCAGUAUAGGUACAGAGCAAAAAUAUCCACACACAUUGAUCAACCUGUUGUGAACACACAAUAUCUACCUGCACACAGAUCUCAAUGAGAGUCAAUAUCCAGUAACAGUUUAUCAUUUGAUUAGUCAUGCAUUAAAGGUGAAGUUUUAUUUUUUACAACCUUUUUUUACAACCUAUUUUUGAUGUACUGUAAAUGGCAUGUUAUAGAAGGGUCCUGACACAUUUUUUUGUGAUUUCAUGUUUGUUUGUUUUUACUUCCCCCAAACAGCAAAUUGCUUCCUCAUCCUCAUUGUUUAGUAUGAGGUCCCCGAAAAAAUAUGAACAAAGGCUCCAAAAACACCCAAAUAAAAUAAAAUGUUAUUUGUUGCAUAGACAUAUUUAGCAGAUGUUAUUGCGGGUGGAGCGAAAUGCUUUUGUUCCUAGCUCCAACAGUGCAAUAAUAACAAUACAUAAAAAUGCUAAUAAAUCCAAAAAGGUAAAAGAAUGAAAUUAAGAAAUAUAGAAAUAUUAGGACGAGCAAUGUCGGAGUCCAGAGU